CAAUCUCUCCAACAAAUACCAGUGUUGUUUUUUUCCCAACUUUCAGAAAAAUCUCUCCUCCUCAGUUCUCAAAGUCUAAUAUUCUUUCUUUAAAAUCCCCUCUCACUCUUCUUUUCUAUUUGUUUCCCCCCUCGUUGCUCCAAAGAGAACAUGUAACUGAAGAAAUGUUUUUUUUUUCGUAUACUAGAAAAGUUGUUUCAAUGGACUGGAGGCUUGAAUAGCAAAUAAUAAAAAAUAGUAGAUAUGAGAGGGGAAUCAUCUGGUUUGGUCAUUGGGAUUUCUAUAGGAGUGGUGAUUGGUGUGCUUUUAGCUAUUUUUGCACUGUUUUGUAUAAGGUAUCAUAGAAAGAGAUCCCAGAUAGGGAACAGCAGUUCCAGGAGAGCUGCAACUAUUCCUAUUAGGGCUAAUGGAGCGGAUUCUUGUAACAUGUUAUCCGAUUCAACUAUGGGUCCUGAGUCACCUGUGAAAUCUGGGAGAAAUGGAAUGUCUAUGUGGCUUGAAGGGCUUAGAAGAAGCAAUGUUGUCUCUGUGUCUGGAAUACCUGAGUAUUCAUACAAGGAUUUGCAGAAAGCAACUUAUAAUUUUACAACACUAAUAGGACAGGGAGCAUUUGGUCCUGUUUAUAAAGCUCAGAUGUUAACUGGUGAGACUGUUGCAGUAAAAGUGCUUGCAACUGAUUCUAAGCAAGGGGAGAAAGAGUUCCAGACCGAGGUUAUGUUGUUGGGAAGACUGCAUCACAGAAACCUUGUAAAUUUGGUUGGAUAUUGUGCAGAAAAGGGUCAGCAUAUGCUUGUCUAUGUGUACAUGAGUAAAGGCAGCUUGGCUUCUCAUUUGUACAGUGAAAAUCUUGAACCUCUGAGCUGGAACUUGAGGGUUUAUAUCGCUUUGGAUGUAGCCAGGGGCUUGGAAUAUCUUCAUGACGGGGCUGCUCCUCCUGUAAUACACCGGGACAUUAAAUCUUCCAAUAUUCUGUUGGAUCAGUCCAUGAGAGCCAGGGUAGCAGAUUUUGGUCUUUCAAGAGAAGAGAUGGUAGACAAACAUGCAGCAAACAUACGAGGAACAUUUGGAUAUCUUGAUCCGGAGUAUAUAUCCACAAGGACCUUUACUAAGAAAAGUGAUGUCUACAGCUUCGGGGUAUUGCUGUUUGAACUCAUAGCCGGCAGAAAUCCUUUACAGGGUCUCAUGGAAUAUGUUGAGCUAGCAGCUAUGAGUACUGAAGGGAAAGUCGGGUGGGAGGAAAUUGUGGAUUCACGAUUGGACGGUAAGUUUGACUUGCAAGAACUCAACGAAAUAGCAGCUCUUGCGUAUAAAUGUGUGAAUCGUGUUCCCAAAAAACGACCUUCCAUGAGGGACAUUGUGCAAGUGCUAACACGAAUCCUUAAAACAAGACACCGCAAGAAGCAUCAGAAGUCCCUAUCUGCAACCGCAGAUGAGGUUUUGGUCGACAUAGAGCAAGGAGAAACAAAGAACCCAAUAACCGAACACCAGAGAGAGGAGUCGAUGGACAGUGCAGCUGACACCUUUGAAAUGUAACAUAGCUGAUACCAGUGGCUCUUCUAUUUGUUAAUUUGUUAAAUUUUUCUUGGAUUUGAUCUUCGUUUUGCGUGAAAGCAGGUAUGUUUUUAGUGUUUCAGGUCUCUUUUGAGUGAGUUGUUUAGGGCAAAGGAUUGUUUAUAAUUUGUUGUAACAUAGCUCUUCCUCCAUGCAUUUGCUGAUCUAAUUUUGUAUAUUAAAUACUUCAGAAAUGAAAGCAUAGAUAAUGUUUUUUCCUGCAAAUCAAA